GCACUUGUAACAACAGGAAAGGACGACCACUAUUGGUUGUUGUUGGUUUUUUUUAUUUUUAUUUUGUUUUUUGAACCCCUUAGUGGAUCACAUUUUGGGGCGAGAGAAGGAUACGGCAAACGCACUGCAAAAUGUUGCUCGAACACCCUGGCUCAAGUUGUCAGAAUAACGCCAAUUUCUCCCGCUACAGCGCAGGUCAGGACAUCCCAGUGUGUGCGGGCUGUAACCAGCACAUCGUGGACCGCUUCAUCCUCAAAGUGCUGGAGCGUCACUGGCACAGCAAGUGUCUUAAGUGUGCUGACUGCCAUACUCAGCUGGCCGACAAGUGCUUCAGCCGGGGGGACAGCGUAUACUGCAAGGAUGACUUCUUCAAGAGAUUUGGCACCAAAUGCGCGGCGUGUCAGCAAGGCAUCCCACCCACGCAGGUGGUGAGGCGAGCCCAGGACUUUGUUUACCACCUACACUGCUUCGCGUGCAUCGUGUGCAAGAGGCAGCUGGCUACGGGAGACGAGUAUUACCUGAUGGAAGACAGCCGCUUGGUGUGCAAGGCUGACUACGAGACCGCCAAACAAAGAGAAGCCGACUCGACCGCAAAAAGGCCCCGAACGACCAUCACGGCCAAGCAGCUGGAGACCCUGAAGAACGCUUACAAUAAUUCUCCCAAGCCGGCACGCCACGUCCGUGAGCAGCUCUCCUCCGAGACGGGCCUGGACAUGCGGGUCGUGCAGGUUUGGUUCCAGAACCGGCGGGCCAAAGAAAAGAGGCUGAAGAAGGAUGCCGGGCGCCAGAGGUGGGGCCAGUACUUCCGCAACAUGAAGAGGUCGCGUGGUAGCUCCAAGUCAGACAAAGACAGCAUCCAGGAGGAGGGCAUGGAUAGCGACGCUGAGGUGUCCUUUACAGAUGAACCUCCGAUGUCCGAGCUCGGUCACAGCAACGGCAUCUAUGGCAGCAACUCCCCAGCCAUGGGGGGCCGCCAAGGGGGCAACAACCAUGCCUCCUUCCCUCUGGAGCACGCAGCCAUGCCCUCGCAAGACCAAUUCCAUGACAUGCGCUCCAACAGCCCCUACGGCCUACCCCAGUCUCCAGGUUCUCAUCCGGCGCUACCUCGCCAUCAGCCACUCAUCACCAGCUUGGUAUACCCAGAGUCGGGCCUGUCCAUCAUGACCCAAGGCGGGGGGAUGAAUCCUGCGGUGAGGGUUUCCAUCGGUGCCGCCAACGGCCCAAGCUCAGACCUCUCCACCGGUAGCAGUGGUGGAUACCCGGACUUCCCCGCUAGUCCUGCUUCCUGGUUAGACGAAGUGGACCACGGACAGUUCUAAAUGCUCGAUUCUAACUGGACUAGCUGUUUCUUUUUUUUUUUAAUAUUAAUUUCGUCUGUUUUUCUUUUUUGGGGGGGGGGUAUUGAAAUGAAAACUGGUGAAAAUCACCAAUAUUCCGUCAUCGUUUUUGUUUGGAUAGAGGACAAACUUAAAAAGCACUUGGCCUGAUAUUGUUUGGAGCAGUUGUUGAGGACAAUAUAAAGACUAGAGUUGCACCGAUACCGUUAUUUGGCUCCCGAUACGGAUUACGAUUCUUAGCUGUGUGGUAUCGUCCGAUGCUGAUAUUGUACCAACACCAUGUUUUUUAAAACAUUUUUUGUUUUUCUUUUCAUACAUAAUUUGUACACACUCUGUUGACCGUAAAUUUGUUACUAUCACGGCUUGCUAAAAUACUCCUUAACUCAUUGGCUGCCAUUGGCUCUGGGUGAUGUCCAGUCUAUUUGAAGUAGGAGAGUAGCAAUGGACUGGACGUCGACUAUUGAUAACUUCAUUUCAAUAGGCAGCAGAAGCCUAAAAAGACCUUCCACUCCCGCUUCCAAAAUAGCCACAGGGCGGCCAUGUUCGUAAGGGCGACAUUCCAAUCAAAGCCAAUGUGUUUGAUGUUAGAAUUAAGUCAUCACAAUCAUCUCUCAACUCAUUUUCAUCAUGGUUAGGCAUGUGCCGGUAUGAGAUUCUGACGGUAUGAUAUAACCUUAAGCCCAAAAAAUCACGGUAUUGCAAUCACAGCUCUAAAAUGUGUUACUUUGAGAUAUAAAUAAAAAUAAUAAACUUUUUUUCCAUUGAACAGGAUUUUUAUUUUUCAAAACAUGAGCAAACUGGAACAUAGGUGUAAUGUUAAGUUAAAAUAAAAAAAUAAAAUGAAAUAUUAUAAAAUUGAAAUGCAGUCCUUUAGGUGAGCUUAAACCCAAAGCCCAACGUUAUUACCAUCAGAACAAAAAUAUUUGAAUAAUUUUCCAUAAAAAGUAUGUGUGUAUGUUUACACUAUACACACUCUUUCUCAACACAGACAGUUGUCCAAGAGAAAAAAACACGUUUUACCACCGCUAGACACACUGAACACGCUGGAGUUAACUCUCGUUGUUGGUGGGAAAUGUCCAUGACAAUGUUUACCAACCUUUAGUUUUGUAUAAAUGCGAAAUCAUAUUGGAGGUAUUGCCACCCUCCACAAAAAUGCCGUCUGUAACGCCGUCUGUAACUUUUCUGUAGCCGAAGUAUUCCAAUACCAGCGAUUUAAUUUUCUUCGAUGGGGGAAAAAGUUCUGGAGUCUUACCUCCUCCAGCCAUCGUGUAGCACAGCUGACUCACUGACACUGAGCAACAAACGGUGGGGGAGGGUUGCUCGACCAAAUGCUCGACAGUUCAGUUCAAACAAAAGUUUUUAUUUUCCAGUUCUUAAGGUUCAAAAAACAAAGAUAACAAAAAACAGCAACAGCGGGACACCAAUCAACUCAGUAAACUCCACAAAAAAAUGGCAUUGGUUCAAAACAUCAGUGGUCAAAAAGCGUUACACAAGUAUAUGGCGUAGGACAGGGCAGGUUAUCAGACAAACCGACACGGGGCAAGGUUAGACGUUGGCUAUUUAUACAGAGGGUCACAAGUGGACACGAUUUGCUUGAUUUGCAAGAGCAGGAAGUAAAGCUGAAGUAAGGAGGAACACCACUACCAAAAUAAAAGAGUCCUACAUGAACCAACACAAAACAUUAACAAGACUUCAGAGAUUUGACAGGGUUGAGCCUUGCAGCUGCAAGUGAGGGAUUUCUCUGUGCAUUUUGGGACAUAAAAAAUAGCUAAUCCCUUAGGGACGGUAUGACGGAAAAUUUUUGCGGUGUUGAAACCUUUACGUUUUCAUACCACGUAAUACCUUGAAAAGGGUAAUUGGCACAUGUCUAAUCAUGGUCAACGCAUAUGCUGUUUACGCAGUGGCUGCCAUUGAUGGCACUAGACGAACGUUUAUUUGCUGCCACCCUCCCACUUCAAAUGGCUUGGAUGUCUACUAGUGAUAAACUCAUUUAAAUUCACAGCAGAAAGAUGAUUGGACGGCACACAGUUGGACGUCUAUCAUCAUUUUGGGAAGGGCAACAAGUACUUUUUUUUUUUCUUUUUUUACACGAUGUGCGUUAUUGGAGGCCGUCUUGGGCUGGUUGGAAACUAGAUUUUGCAGAGUACGUAUUGCACAGCAUCGGCACGUUGAUUCUUUACACUCCCUGAUAUCGAUGACGUCAUUUUAGUGCGAUAUCAAUAUUAGUAUCCGUAUCUGUACCACCAAUAACGACUAAAAAUUCGACAUCCGUCAGCUCCUCCUUUUGCUUUUUUCGUCGUCUACGGUGUGUUCAGGUGCAAAAGUCUUUAAAUGUCUGUUUGUUGCCAAAUGUCAAUAUAUAUAUAUAUAUAUACAUAAAUAUACACAUAAUGGUUUAUCAUUGUGGAGACUUUAUUUUUAUACGAGGACCAUAAAAGGAAUCCAAUGAGUCUUUAAACAAAUGGCUAGAUAUCGUCGUGACGAUAGUUCUUAGGGGUCCAGUUCCAUCUAUGCAUUUGUGUGUCUUGUUCUACUCACAAAAAAUUUAAAAAAGUAUAAAAAAUAAACAGAGGAGGUGCUUGCUGCAGCAACCCUGGGCUGUGAUGUAUAUGUUUGUUUAUGUGGGAAAAUGUUUUAUGUCUAAUUUAUUCCUUUAUGGUGAUGACCAUGUUGAUUAUGAUGAAUCCUGAUGAAUGAUGCAGGACUUUAAUAAAUUAAUAAAUUUGUCAUUUGUUUGGCUUUCCUUGGCUGGAUCAUAUUGUAAUACAUCAGGAGAUGAACAGGAUUCUUAACAUUAA